AUAAAAGCCGAGAUCACCCGGUAACCAUAAUCAAUGCAGAAACUUGUGAAUAAAUAAAAAAAAUAUGAAUAUAUGACAGUCAAAGUGUCCAAAUGAAAGAUCUCCAUCAUUUCUGAUGUCAAUGAAGAAAAACACUGUUAUACUCAUUUAGCAUAGAAAGUCUAGUUUACGUUGUGACCAGGAUGAGGGAUAUAAAUGUUAAAUAUAACUAACCAUGAGCAGUAACUGUUUUCAUCCUUAUUAAAAUGUCAUCAACCCUAGCCUGUUAUAUAAUCAGAAUACAAUAUCAAUAUAAAUCAAAAGGUCUACAUGUUUUUCAUUAAGAUGGUGAAUUUGAAAAGGAGACUUUGAAAAUGGAAUAAGACGUAAUUGUACUGUUUAUACUGGAGCUUAUAAAGGCAUUUAAUACUAUAACAUAAUAGAAAAAACCAGCAGUAUGAAGGAGAAAGUGGAAACAGGAGAGAAUGAUGAAGAAGAGGAGAGUCAGCUAACAGAGUCAAAUUUACCUAUAGAUAAAGGAUAUGCAUGGGUUGUUGUGUUUGCUGCUUCAAUGAUUCUUUUCCUGGUGAUUGGAUCUCUGAAAUCAUUUGGUGUGUUAUAUGUUGAACUGUCAAGAAAGUACAAUGUCAGUAACAAAGAACUCCAGUCUAUACAAUCAUUAACUGGUUUCUUUUAUCUGGGGCUAGGACCUGUUGGAAUUGCACUGAGUAUGAAGUUUUCUCACCGAGCAGUCUGUUUUGUUGGGGGAUUAUUUGGAGGGACAGGAUUUUUAUUGACAGCUUUUGCUCCAUCUUUGGAUUACUAUUAUCUGACAUAUGGUUGUCUCACAGGAAUUGGUUAUGGUUUAUCAUUCAGUCCCUGUGUGGUGAGCUUUGUACAUUAUUUUCACAAGAAACGAGCACUAGCUAAUGGCAUCGUUACUGCAGGAGGAGGAUUAGGUGCAGUAGUACUUCCAUAUGUUAUGAGAUAUCUGAUUGACGUAAUGUCACUGAAAGGUUGUAUGAUGAUCUUUGCUGGUAUCCUGUACAACAUAUGUGUAUUUGCUUGUUUGCUCAGAUCACAUAAGAAUUAUCCCAUUAAAAAAAGUAAAGGAAAAAAAGUUAGAGAGAAAAUGACACCGUCUGUAGAUCAACAAAGUAUGAUACUUUUAGAUGCUAGUGACCUCAUUCAUUGUGAUGAUAAAAGUUAUAUGUCCGUAGAUGAUGGCAGAAGUCAGAACAGUUAUGUUUCAGAGGGAGAAUAUCUGUUAAGACAUGCACAGAAGAAGUCCAAACGAGGAAACAAAAUGGCUAAUGCUUCUAUUGUUAGUCUGAAAUCUUUUAAUCCUUCUUUGUAUACAAAUCCAGAAAAUAUGACAACGUCUCUGUGUUCAGAAGAUCAGCUAAGUAUAGAUAUCACUUCCAAGCAUGACAAACAAAUGACAGCUUCUGUAAUCAGUCUCAAGUCAUUUGAUCCAUCUCUUUGUUCUAAUCCGGAAAUAUUGGGUAAAUCAUUAUACUCUGAAAAUGAUGAGGGAAUUGAAAACUUGAAGUAUGACAAUCAGAUUAAUGCAUCAGUGAUCAGUUUGAAAUCUUUCGACCCAUCUGUAUGUUCAAAUAUUGAUGCCAUGGGGAAGUCCAUUUAUUCUGAUGAUCAACAAAGUAUUGGAGUAGCCUCACUCGGUGAUACUAGUCGGAAACAAAGCUUAGGAGUUGUCUCUCUUGACUCUACUUCUAGAGAAUCAGCGUCAAAAAGUAGAUCAGUAAAUGAGUCGCAGACAGAUGAAGUAGAAGAGGAAAGAAAAUCAAAAAGUCACGAAAAUGACCAAGACAAGAUGAAUAAUUGUGAAUAUAAAGAUAAUGAGAAAUUUUCUUUUGAAAAUCAAAAGCCUGUCACAAAGUCUCGUAGUCAAGGAAAACGUAGACAUUUAUCUGCAGGGAACACUAGUUUAAAGGCCAUUCUUACCAAUGACAAAUAUAAAAUAGAUGAAGAGAAUCAAAUUAAAAAUCAAAGUGAUGAAUGUACUAGCCAGAACAGUUUAAAAGCUGAGAAAGAAUCACUUCUGAAAAAGAUGAUAUGGUUAAAAAAAGAUGACAAGAAACGUCUUACAGCAUCAGUUAUUAGUCUGAAAUCCUACGAUCCAUCUUUAUGUGCUAGUCUGGGUGUAGUAGCUAGUAUAUCAAUGCAGAGUAUACCUCAGACUUUUGAAAGGCUAGAUAAUAGCAAUAGAGGAAUUCUUAUUGAAUCUCAGACUUUAGACAAGGAGGGUUGUUGUUGGUCUUUUAAACAAUUAUGUAUAUUCGAUUGGAGCCUUUUCAAAAACCCAGUUUUUCUUCUGUACCUUGUUUUUGUUUUUUGUGAAUCACUUGGAUAUUUGGGUAUAUUUAAUAUUUUACCUCCGUUUUGUGAAGAAAUUGGUGGAACAGACACACAAGGGGCUACGAUCAUUGCAAUUAUAAGCAUAUCUGAGUUAUUUGGACGACUGUUCUUUGGAUGGUGUACACACAUGUGUCCAAAUAAUUGUAAAACUAUAUACUUUGGAGCCACUUUCCUAAUGGGGUUGGGAAUAUUGUUCACUCCAGAUAUGAACACAUUUCUACAUCUUUCCAUAUUUGUUGGAAUUUAUGGAUUCUUUGCUGGAGGAUACAAUGGUGUUUUGUUUAAUACCAUUAUCAACAGUUUAGGAUUAGAGAAAUUUUCACAUGCUUUUGGAUUUAUUGCUUUUUCUGCAUCAUUAUCAUUGCUGGUUAACCCAGUGGAAUCAGGUUUGAUCAAAGAUUCAACUGGUUCCUGGAUGAAUGUGUUUAGGGUGAAUGGCUCUGUAGCCCUGUUUGGAUGUUUUAUGUUACUAAUUAUAGCAUUCCUAGAGAAAAGAAAACCCCAGCAAACCUCUGAGAUAGAGAUGGAUACCACUGUAGAAUUGUGAAAAUCAGGAGCAGGAUCCACAGGAAAAUUAGAUGUGAAAUGUUUCAACUGUAGAAUUAUGAAUCAAUGUAGAGUUUGAUAAAGUCAAACAUUCAAGAAUUGGUAAAUUUCUGGUAAAGAGGAACUUUUAACUGAGUAUUCAAUAUUAUAACAGUGCCAUUUUAUUGUGUAUGUAAAAAAAACUAUUAUUAUUCAACCAUAUUUAAUAUUUCAAACAUAUUACAUGUAGAUAACAUCUACCGGUAAAUGAAAUUGUAUCUGCAGCAUCUGUUUUUUUUUAAACAUUUUUUUUAUUUCUUUAUGAGAUUAUAGUGUAAGUGCCUCUGUUAUGGAAGUUUUGCACAGUUUUAUUUACAGAAGAGAUUAAACUUUUAAUUUUUUCAUGCACACUAGUACUAUUAUACUUGGAAGCCUAUAGUUAUAGAAUAUACCUCCAUAUAUGGAAUGAAAAUGACAAAUUAUUGUUUCAUUGGCAAUUAUACCACAUCUUUUUAUUUUUGUUCUUGUAUAACCUUUUUUUUUUACAGUUUAUUUAAGAUACAGUUUGAGGUUUAAGUUUUUCAGUCAUCAAUAAUGUUGUCAACAUAUCAUUGUAUUUUAUGAAAAUAAGACAACAGCUUGAUUAAGACCGUAUCCAGAGGAGAAUCAGGAUUUUUUCUCCAUUUUUGACUGACAAUGACUGAUAAAUGGACUUUGUUUUGGCAAAAAGAAAAAAGAUCUUUUGUACACUUAAUUUAUUCCUCAUGAACCUUUAGUAAUUUCAAUAAAAAAAUUAAAAAGCAUCCUUUUUUAACAUGUACAGUAUUAUGUUCUAUGUUCAGUAAAUUAUUGCAUCAUAUAUUUUUUUCUGAUCUCAAAACAACUACACUUAACAAACACUAAUCAAAGAUAUGCUGACUCUUGUUGAAAAAAUAUGCUACCUUAUGCAAGUCUCGUAAUUUUUUAUUUGAAUAGCGUAAUUUUUCAGUGGAGUUCAUUUUCAGAUGAACACACUCCUUGAAUAUGCAACACCUCCUAUACCAAUUCAAGAAAUCAUCAAAUUCACCUAUAAAACUCUUUUAUAGUUGAAUGUAAUAUUUUGAUAUUUUAUCACAUUCCUUUCUGAUGCUCCAUAGCUUUACAAUGGAACUCAAAGUUAUUAAGAGGUCACACAUAACUUCAAUCUGUAUCUCAUUUUCCUCCUCUUAAUAUUCUUUCCAACUAGACAUCAAGUUGUGCAUUCAUAUUUCAAUUUUGGUGACAUAAAUUUCAGUUUUUCAAUAGUCGAGGAAAGCAUUUAACACGUUUAUGUUCAACUGAGAGCUUUUUAAGUCUAGAACAAUAAAGAAACAAUUUUAUUUAUAAAGGUUAAAAAAAAAAUAUUCAUGGGACUGUUAUGUUUAGUUUUAAGGCAUCAAUUGUGAAUGAUAGGAAGAGUUGAUAGUACAGAAAAAUAUAUUUUAUAAUUUUGCUCAGAAUUGGCUAAAGUUGCUGAAAUUGUAAUCCCUUAUAUACAUUUUAGCUGUUGGUAUUGGUGAAUCAAUACAAAGUAAAAUAUCAAAAGAAAAACAUAAUUUAUAACAGUAGUAUCAUGCUUCUUUGCUUCUUUGUGUAGCUUUUUUAAACGGAAAUGAUUAUUUGUUUAUUCCAUAUAAAUAUGUCAGUAAACUUUAGUAAAGAGAAAUAAGAAUCUCAUUUCUUUCAUGACUAUGCAUUGUGUAAAUACAUUACAUAGAUACAUGUGAACAUUACAAACAUGAUUCUAAAGCUUUUAGUAUCAAUAUGAUUUACAUUUACAUUGUUAUUGUUAAUUUAUAUUUUUAUUUUAAUAAGUUUUUACACUAUUUUAUCACAUAAUCAUGCAUUUUUUAUCAUCAUUAUUCCCAAAAAGAAAAAUAAUUGGUUUUUUUUAACAUUUUCCUGAAACAUUUUCCUGUGUUUCUUUCAUUUUCAAAUUAAAAUAUUUUAUAAUAGAGGAGUGUUAUACAGAAAUGGUUAACCCUUAAACUACCUUGCCCUACCCCUUGUAUCCAUCAAUAAUACACACACCUCUUCACUGAUAACCUACACCCUGAAAAUCCUUAGCAUUUAUAAAUGCAUCUACUAUUUUCAAUCCUAAACACCAAAUGAAUAAAUUACAUGGGGCAAUUUAUCACUACCCCCAAUUUGCAAAUAAACAAAAAAAUGUGAUUCAAUCUGAAAAAAAGAUCUGAAAAUAAUGCUAUUUUUUUUUAUGUUUCCAUGAAUUUCGAAAAGUUUGAAGCCCUGAAAACAAAUGUGUUAGACAAAUAUAAGAAUAUAAAUAUUGAUACCGGAAAGACUAAUGUAUUUGAUACCUCUAAUGGUUGUUAUAUGAUAGUUUUGUAUUACUUCUUGAUUUUUCAUAUUCAAGAGGCCAAACAAGUGGCUUUGUGAUAUACCUACCUCUUCUGUCAAAAUCAGAUAGAAUAUUUUUUGUUGCAAUAAUUUAAACUUUUACCAGUGAAAAUUAAAACAUUUUAUUUAACAUUCAUUAAUUGUAUAUAAAGUAUUUAAAAUAAAUUCAAUUAUCAAGGUUACUGUACUAUCAUUGCUUUGUGAUAGUUAAUGUCUAUUUUAGAAGAUUUCAAUAUAAAGUAGUAAACGUUUUUGAUGAUGCAUGCAAAAUAUAAAUACAUAAAAUAAUUGUACGUGCCUUUUUAUUGUAUUAACAUAUUAUAAAUGUGCAAUAAAGCUGUUGUAUAUGUCUUAAAAUACCAUGCUGAAGUUUUCAGAAGAUACCAUUCACCAAUUGUUGUAUUCAUAUGUUCAAAUUCACAUGUAAAGACAAUCACUGUAUAUGAUACACUAUUGUUUGUAUUAAUAUGUCAGUUGCAAUAUUGCUUUUCUUUCCACUAGAUUGAACAAAAGUCUGGAUUAUUUCCCUUAAGGGAGUGUGUGCAGUGUAGUUUGUUAUCUUUCCUGAAAUUUUUUAAAAUUAAAAAUCUUGGGAAAUAUUUAAGGAAACAAUAAUAUCAGUUGUACUUUUCAGCAUUUUGACAUUCAUUAUUAACAUUUUACGAAAACUGAACUGUUAAAGGUAUGACUUUAAACCAAACAAAAGGAUUUUUUAUGGAUAAUGCUUUUUAUUUGGCAAGCAAGAUAUAAAAUUUUACAAAUAUUAACACCAACACAACAACUUUGAUAUAAAAGGUUUUCAAUUUUUGAUUUGAUUGUCAUAAGAUUUACAGGUUUCUCCUGAUACAUUCCUAAUUUGUUAUGGUCAAGUGUUUCAAUGCCAAUUAGUGUGUCCCCCCUAUGCUAGAAGAGGGCAUUAUGUUUUCAUGUUGGUGCUUUGGUGCUUCCCUCUUCAGGUUAAAGUUUAAAGUUAAUGACUAAGGUAGUUUACAAGGAAGUUGUAUUCACAUCAACUUAGGUCACAUGAUUAUUUCAAGUAUAUGUCAAAUUAAGGUUUUGAUCCAAAUUUCAAAGUUCACUGCAUGAAACUGUAAAUGUGAUUGUUUGAAAACAAGUUGAAUCUCAGGUUAAAGGUUUUUGUUAAGGUAGUUUACCAUGAAUUUGUUGUUACAUCAACUUCAAAUUUUGUACACAUGUUGUUUAUUAUGUGAUUAUUUUUAUAUAAAUGCCAAAUUACAGUUAUGUAAUAUGACCCUGAUUCCUCUCGGUUUACUGAACAAGGAAAAUGACUGUUCAAGCUGCACAUUGUGAUCAUGGCCUACAGACGCAUAUUAUUGCUUCAAAUAGCUGACUUAAAUAUUUAAGAAAGAGUGAGCUUCUGUGUUUAAUACUGUUUGACCACGCACCAAGGUAGAAUACAUUAAUUUGAUAUUUGCAUAAUAUUUUACCAGGCAUAAUUACUGUUGCUGUGUUUUAUUGUUUUUAAGCUUUGUUUUGCUACAUUUUAUUGUAUUGUUAUGAUAUAUCAGUAGAAUCUCAUUUUGUUGUUUACAAGUGCUUAUUUGUUUUAGUGAAUAA